GUUUCACAACCAAACACCCGUCAGUCGACAAGCGCCGUCACUGCUGUGCGGGAGGGAUCGCGCCAAAAUGUAGAGUGCUAGGUCAGUGUUUCGUUCGUUCUCUGGGUUCAGUGAAGUGUCUUGUUUUAUUUUUGUUUAUUUGGAAACUAACCUCAGGAUCGGCCCGGGUACAGUUUGCGAUUUAGGACGCUGCUUGUCGGGAGUGACUUUGAGGGCGGUGGCAUUGGGGUCGGCGCCAUGUUGUGCGUCGAAGAAUGUACGUCAUUUUCCCUGCCGAAGAUUUAGUGGAGUUAACGUUGUGUCGACCGCCUAGUGCAUCUAACCACCAGAGCAGCCAAGGACCGCCGCCUUGCCCGACGCCAGCCAGCCCGCCUUCUCCAAGUAGACCCCCCAAAGUCACCUCAAAGUCCAAAAAAGACAAAGACCAAAACCAAAGAAAGAAAAAACUCAGUAAACAAGAGCAACAAGAGAGAAACGUCAAAAUGGCCACUGCGACGGGAGAGGGCUCUCUACGUGAACUGUCGCACCCGUCACUCAACGACCAACUCAAGAACCACAACGCCGUCACUUUCAAGUUGGUCAGAACAGUAUCCGAUUUCACCCAGGAGCUCUCGCAGAUGUACGAGCAGCACGCCGAGGAACUGGCGCUCCUUGUCGCCAACUUCCGGAAAAAGAACGCCGAGUUAAGAAAGGAACGGCCGGCGUGUCCCAGCUCCCUGUUCCACACGUGGGAGACUCUCCUGCAGGAGGUGGAAGUGGACUCCCAGGCUCACAGUGACAUCGCCUCCGUCUUCGGCCGCCAGGUCUCCCGCCCCCUCCUCGAACGAUCCUUCCACCGCAAGGUACAGUCGAGGAAAGUGUUUGCCCACAGGGAGUCCUUCGAGCUCGUCGUCAACAAGGCAGAAGAAAAACUCGCCAAGGCUCGACAAGACUAUAAGGCGUCAUAUCUGGGACAUAUGGCGUCACCGUCUAACACCGCGACGCUGGCCGCCUACCUUGACGCCCACAACAACUACGUGACUCAGCUCCACGCCACCAACGGCAUGGUCGAGACCUACAGCCACGAGACCCUUCCCCUUCUCCUCCAGGAACUAGAAGAAGUGUACUCCGACCUCUGCACCACCCUCACAGAUUCCGUCCUGCAAGGGGCUGAAGUCAUUUCAACUAGGGCUACGGAGCAGGCCCGGCGGUACGAAGUAUUAUCCUCCCAAUGCCGAGGGGUGACGCCUUCCUCCGACCUUGUUCACUUCGUGCGUUCCUUGUCACCCCUACCAGUCCAACCUCACCCCUCACACCGCCUUAGGUUGUUCACACCCCCUCAACCACCGCAUCAGGACAACCAGGUCGACCCUUCCAUGGUUGAUGGACCUCCCAUCAAUGAUGUGAACGCACCGCCUCCUCUGAAGAACGAGCUGGUGGUGGACCGUCUGGCCUCGGUACAGGUGAGGUCGAGGUACGAGACUCUCAGGGUGGAGGCUGCCGAGCUGGAGACACAGAUCAAGCAGCUGCAGGACGCGCUGGAUACCAUGGCCAGGAUACAGCAGAGGAGUCUGGAGUCGCAGCUGUACAACAAGGUGAAUGAACUUCAGGAAGACAUCAGCAUCAAGAAGUUCGACCUGAGAACGGCGCAGAUCCACCUGGCCGCCGUUAGAGCUCAGAAAGACCUGUUUGCCUCUAAGCUCGAUUCUGCGGAGGGCGCUAGUGGUAGGGAUCGGAAAAUGUCAUCUUCAUCGACCGGUAGUAUGAAGUCGAAAUGGUUAAAAGCGUUCAAAAGCUUGAAAACAACCAGUGGUCCGUCCAAUGGUACAUCACCAAAGGAAGGCGAGAAAAAGAACCAAAUGUACCAUGCGGUAUCAACGAUCAUAGCAAUGAGGAAAAAUGGAAGAGACAGUGGACUGAACCUAGGGGUGGAGUCGACAGUGCAUCAGUUCCAGGAGUACACUUACAAGAAGAUAACCCCUUGCGACGUCUGCUCUCAAGUACUAAGAGGGCACACGAGACAAGGGCUCAAGUGUCGUGUGUGUAAGCUGAACGUGCACCUGGACUGUCAGGACAAGGUGGGCAGGUGUCAGGCUAAGUCACGUCUCCUGAGGCGUCAGAAGUCCACCUCAGAGAUAGAGACUAGGGUCACUCCUGCACAGGAGGAGGAAGCAGUUUCGUUGGUGGCCAAUAGGCCAGGCAGAUGCUCAGUAAGCCCUGCAGGGGGGUCACCCUCCCCUCGAACUGUCACGUGGAAAACACCCCCCUCCAGGAGUUUAGCGUCGUCCGAGCAAGCGUCCCCCGGCGAGGUCGACGCCGUCUACCAAGUGCUGAAGCAGGCCGGUGAGAUAUCUACCUCUCGGUCGCUUGCCUCUCGCUCGGCCGUACCCACAGACCUGCCGCCGGCCCGGCGACAGCAGCCUCCCCUCAUGCUCAGGGGGUCAUCUACCCUCACCGUCGGACCCACCCCCCAUGCCUCCAGUUCAGGUUCGAGCAAUUGUGGAUCAAAAAGCAGUGCGACCACCCCGACGGAACCUCAAAUGUGCUCACCAAUCUGUCGGACUGCACCCCACAGCCCGCGACGCCAGAAGCUCAACCUUCGCAUGAAAAGUCUAUCCCUAGACUCCCCAGAGUCCACGGAGCAUGUACAACGGCGCCGCGGGGGCCCCGCCACUUCCACCCCUGCCUCGGGCGGGGCAGCCUCCAGCCACUCCUCCUCCUCACGUUUGCAAUCCCCAUCCAGCCCUGUCCACAACCGAAGACUGCUAUCAGCUCGAAACAUGCGCAUGAGUUCGGUUGAGCUUCCUGACGACAACGAGAAAUCUCUAUCUUCAGCCAGUACCUCCCCAUGUCCUUCACCGAAACCUCAUCGACUCUUACCGACAAAUCUGUAUGUGGUGCUAUACAACUUCAAGUCCCGUCAUGCAGAUGAACUGGAUCUCAAGGCGGGUUACAAAGUGACGGUGAUCGACACGUCUGACCAGGACUGGUGGAAAGGCAAGUGUCUGGGCAGGAUUGGCUACUUCCCAUCCAAGUAUGUGACCAAGCUUCAGGUGGGAGAGAGGCCAUUGCAGGUGACACACAACCUGCAGGUGUCUGAUGGAGACAAUGGCCUUACACUGCUCAGGGAUCAGAUUGUGAUUCAAAUAGGUGAAGAGUUAGAUGGAAUGGUGGUUAUCAGAAGUGGUGACAACCGUCAGGGCGUUUGCCCGUUAAAGUUCCUGCAGGAGGUGUGACAGCGGCACUACUUAGAGAAGUUGCAGUUUGAAGGGCGAACGUUCUAUCCUCCUAAACAACCCUCGACCUCUCAGUUCAAUUCUACAACCCUAGCACUAGCCAAUCUCCGUGCUCAGUUUAGUGACAGCAAGAAUGUGUCCGAGAUCAAGAUCAGCUACGGUCAGCCGAAGCCUGAUAUUCUGUCGAAUAAAACGUACUGCCAAGUUGAAUGUCAUUCCAAUGCUAACAAUCUUUUGGGCAGGAAUAAGCUCGCUUCCUACCCUCCAGCCAAGUGCGAUCAGUACAAGACUGCUCCCGACUUGGUGUGCUCUAGCAUGUCCAGUGAUCCAGUCUUUUCUUCGGAUCACGUUUUCGAUUCCAAUUCUGAUAAAGAAAGUAUUUGUGCUGGCAAAGACAACCUUAAUAAUUCAACAAAAGCAAAUAAUGUUAAACCUCCAGAUGUACUGUGGUUUAUCGAUAAUAAUGUGGUGAACGCCAAUAAUCAAAAAAUUCUUCGACGCAAAAGUCUUGCUAAAAAUUUGAUUCCAAUAUCUUCAUCGACUAGGCCACUUGGCUUACCAUCAUCUUGUUCCCCUUCACAUUACGAAAGGAAGCUUUCGAGAUUCCGCUACCGUAAUAUUAAAAACAUAACAUCUCUUUCUCGACCUUUACUAAUCGGUUGAACGUGUUUUGGCAAUGUAUUAUAGUAAAGAGUGAUACACAUAAUAUCUCACAGCAUUGUGAUCUGGAACAUUAAUGUGUUGCCUUCAUCACAUAUAUUCAAACCAUGUGGUUGGUACUAAAACUUAAAAUAAUAUAAUACAGUAGCUCACUCUUAUUUUUUAUAAGAAUUAUUAUUUUCACAAUGGUCAUUGUUUCAGAACAAGUCUACUAAAACAGUAUAAAAAUGUUUUUACUUCAUUGAGAAAACAAUCCCAUAGCCACUUCUAUGAAGUGAGUUGUUUGAUACAUGACUAAUGUUAACUUAAUGAUACAUCUAAUUAUUUUUCCAAUGCGUCUUUCAUCUAAUUGAGAUUUUAAGUAAUGGUAGAAACUUUGUAAGUUACUAUAAUGUUUACAAACAGUUUUUUCAAUUUCAAGAUCUAUCUAUUUUAGCAAGUAUAAAGUAUGUAAUAAGGUGGUAACAAUUUUGUCAAUAAAUUCAGUCUCAACUAGUUGACCUUGUAUUUCCUAUGAAGGCUUUCUUGCAUUGAAAACUAAAUGUACUCAAUUUUGUUCAAUGUGCCCAUUUCAAGCUUUGUGUAGCGCAGUCUGAGAGGAAUUGAGUGAAAUAAAUUUAAAAAAAAUAUAUUUUAUAUAAAAUUAAGGAAAGUAUUUUGAUAAACUUGCAUUCAAGUUGGAUAUAUUACCAUAAUUUUGCUAAGAUCACAGUAUUUUGAUAUUUUAUCACUACACAGUCACUCGAGAUGUGAUGUGUAGACUGCAUGUUAAGCUUGGUUCUCUUUGUUGUGCAGUACAUGUUUCAUGUCUAAAAUAACUAUUUAUGACUGUCUUCUAGCCAAAACAUCAAUGUAGACACUGUGUAGAAAUAGAUAACCAACUGUGUUUAGUUUAUCUUUGACAUUUCACUCUAAUGGUACAGAAAAGCGAUUAUAUCCAUAAUUAUUGUUUUCUGAUAAGAAAAUGAUUACACUAUGCUAGUUUGCUACAAAACUUAUUUCUGUAUCACAAACUAGUUUCUUAUUAUUUUUAUAUUAUUAUUAUUGAAUUUAAUUGUAAAAUAAAUAUUAUAAUGUCAUUUUAAGUAGUAGAAGUGUUGCACUUUGCUUUUAUCAUAAUUUAAAUAUUCAGAGUAAAAAUAAAUACUAUUCCCUUUUUAAUUUAAUAAUAUGAAGAUUUAGACCUUGCAUUUACAAAAUAUGCUGUCAACUUUGACAGUGUACGUUAUGUUAAAGAACUACUCCAACGAAUAUUAUAUGGUAGCUAAGAUGUUUUGUUUCAGUUUUUAAAUUCUAUUACUUACUUGGGCAUUAUUGCGUGGUCAUGCUUUGAAAUCUUCACAAAAAUUUGUUUUGUUUGAUUUUUGUCUUCACUUGUUUAACUUUAGAAUUAAUGAAGAAUGCAAUUCCUCUCUACUUACAUGCUUUAUAGAGCUACCUGAAUAACACUAAAAUAUUACCGAUAAUUUAAAGAUUUUUGCUACUUCCAGAAAUGAUUGUGGCUAUUUAAUACUCAGGUGAUCAAUGAUUUAUACUUUUGUUUUCAGAUUAACUGUUUCUAAGUUAUUUUUGCAGUAAGUUUUCUGUUGAUUAUAUAUAAUACCUACUACAUUUUCAAAUUAAUUUUUUCUAAUUUUAAUUUACUUACACUUUACUUUGUUCAUUGCAAGUACUAUUUUGAAAUUUAGCUAUGACAAUACUAUCAAUGCUAAUAAAUCAUAGGAAUUAUAUAUGAGUUUAAAAUGCUUGAAAUGGCACACUUAUUUCUGUACCCAAUAAGAAGAUAGGACAUUACUUCAGUUUUGAGAUAUAUAAUCUCAGUUUCAUGUCCUUUGAAAACUUUGUUGAAACAAACUAAAUAUAAAAUAGUUUGUUUUAUUGUAAAAUAUUGAAUAUUUUACUUCUUAUAUUAUGUGUCAACACAAAUUUAAUAUAGUUUCAAAAAGGACAUAAAUAAUCUGAAGAUGUGAGAUACAUACAGAAAACUGAGUAAUCUAAUUAUACUCAUGAAGAACAGUGAUGUUAAAAUAUUUACAACCAUCUAGUUUUCUCUGCGUAGAAAAAUUGCUAACAGUUAAAAUUUUGAAUAUUUCCUUGCUGUUAAGAACCAUUUUUAGUUAACAAACAUUAAACAAAAAGUAAGGUAGUUAAGUUCUAUUUAUGCUAUUAAUCAUACAAGAGAACAGUAAUUCAGCAGAAUAUUUGAAUCCAACUAUUUGUGGGGAGACAGAACUCACAACCAUCCAACUCCUAAUUCCUAAAGCAGCUCUAGCUCUCUUACUCUUACAUUGUUAUAAUAUCUACAGCCUUGUGCUGACCAUCUACAAAUAGUGUGUUAGAACAAAUCAAUAGCAUUGAGUUCUUUAGAGCUGGAUAAACAAACACAUCAUUAAAUAGAUCCCUCACAAAUUGAACCGAAAAAGUUAAGGCCAAAGACUAAAUGGCGUUUGGAAAUGUUUACACUCAUAAAUGUUGUUACAUCAGCAUAACUCAUAAUUGGUAAUUUCAACUUUCAUUCAGAAAAUUAAAAAUGUUUUAAAAUACAUGAUAUACUCUAGUUUUUAAUACAAAUCUUCCCCCUAUUUUACUACAGCAAGAAUAGCCUGUUAUGGUAGCUUAACAACACAUGCUAAAACUUAAUAUAGAUCUUAUAUGCUUGCAUGAACCAAAAAUCACAUAAAAAUAUACAUAUAUCAAUGAAUUACAUUUUAGCUACCAUGUAUUUAUUUCAUUAAUUGCAUAUAAUAAUGGGUUGUCCGUACUACUGAAAACUUUUACGGUUAUUGUGUAUUUUACAACUGAACUGAGGUAUAACUGAGAGUUGCUUGUAAUUGUUUAUAUACCAUAUUUUAUAUUGUAAUGUUCCUUGUUUUGUAAUCGUAGUUGAGAGUACUAGGUAGUAUACAAGCAGACUUGCACAGUUCUAUGUAAAAAUGAAACCAGAACAAAUAUUGUAACUGUAUUGCACUAUCUGUAAUUUAUUGUUACAAUACUCAUAUUUGAUGAUAUGUCGUAAUUACACUUUCCUGUUUUUUAGUUUCCACUUUCAUGUAAUACUUGUUUUAAUUACUUGAUAAAACACUAGGCCUAUUAAAAAAAUUUGGAAUUCAGCUAUUUAUGGAUUAUUUUACUUUAUAUAAAACUGUGACUAUAAAUGAUAAAUUUUCAAAUAUUUCUUAAAAUCACGCUCUGCUCAAAAUAUGUAAUAAAAACUCAUUUUCUUAAUACUUAAAUGGAGCAUAACAAAACAUUGAUUUCUAAAGCUAAUUCAAGAUGUACAAAUGUGAUUUUCAUUUCUAAGAAGAUAUAUUGACAUGUAUUUUUUUGAAAUAUUUUGGCUAUUAGAAUCUAGGAUCCCUAAUACAAUGCAAUCGCCAUGACAAAAUAUCAAAGCUAUUCAAAAAGAUGGAUUGAGAAUCAGUGUUCACAUGGUUUGAGUCAUUGGACUUGGUGCUGAGUUAGGUUUUAUCUAUCUGCGACCAUAGCGUCUUUUAUCAGCACUUUUUCACUAUGUAAUGCACCAUAUUAACCCAUUAAUCUGUUAGGUUAGAUUCCUACUCAUAGCUGGUGCUCAAGAAAAUAUGGAAAAUUAUAGUGUUUACUAUCAAUAGAUAAAAAGCUAUAAUCAUGCAAUGUGGAUGUCAUAUAUAAAUUGUACAAGGAGCCUUUACUCCUGCCAUCUUGGAAUAUCCCAUUAUUGCCUUGUUCAGGCAAACUGAGCUUAAUUCUGAAACCAGACUCUCAGCCGUCAAAAUUGCUUAGAUUGAUGAAGUGGAAAACCCUACUGGCAUCAAUUUUAUUAUUUAGAUGUUAAAGAGAGUAGAGUUCUGCCUGUACCAAUUCUACUAGACAGGUAUUAACCAACUAGAAAUGGAAUUUUAUGGGGUGAUAAUAAGCUUUCACUCAGUAAUAUAAUUCUGUAAACAGGAAUUGUGUAAUUACUUCAUUUUCAUUGUCAAGAUUCAGCCCUAGAGAGGUCCACCACCACUGGGAGCAGUAGAGCGGCUUUGGGCAUACGAGCAGUGCUCAUUCCCCUCUCCAUCACAUGAUGGUAGAUGAUAUGUUUUAUUGUCUAAAUUCAAAUGUAAGAUCUGGUUAUACAAAUACACAGCAGAGAGAGUGAGGAGGAAUGGGGACAGCCACCGUCCUGUGUGAUGUUAUAUAAUCACAAACUAUUCUAGAUGGACUUGCUUCCUAAAACUUGUAUUGCGGUGGGGCUGCCUAGGGUGGGAAUCCCUCACAUUCAUGGGAUCAAUAGUAUAAUUAUUUAUGAAUGAGCUUUAACUGUUCUUGUUGUAAGAUGAAUGAUGGUGCACUCAUGUGUGAAUUCCAGUAAUUAAAUCUUAUUAGAUUACUCUAAUGUAAAAUAUUGAUUACUUACAUCGAUCUAUUGAAUCGUUAUUAUUAUUUUCAUCUAUUAAAAUUAUAUUUAUUGUUAAGAAUGAAAUAAAUUAUGGAAUUAAAUGUUUAAAAAAUUA